CUGUGAUUGGUGGAGAGGGGGCCUGGGGUUCCACGUGCUGUGGCUGGGGGGCACCGGGCUGCAGCUGCCUAGACCCUGAGCCAGCAUGGCUGUGAUGGGGGUGCAGCUGGUGGUGAGCCUGAUCACAGCAAGCAUCAUGCAGAAGAUGUCCCCACAUUGCUCCUUUGCCCGCUGGCUGCUCUGCAGCUGCAGUCUGCAUCGCUACAAGCACCCUUCAGAGGAGGAGUUGUGCGCCCUGGCUGGGAAGCAGAAGCCCAAGACCAGGCGAGACCGGAGGAUGAACGGGGUCACAGAGGAGAAACCCCUGUCUGUGCCCAAGGACAUCAACCUGCACUUGGAAACCGCCCCAAUAACCACCGUAGAUGCUCUUGUGCUGCGCUAUUUCCUGGAGUAUCAGUGGUUCGUGGAUUUUGCCGUUUACUCCACCCUCAUCUACCUCUUCACUGAAGGCUACUACUGCCUGGUGGACCCCUGCAAGGAGAUGAAUAUUGGCGUCCUCUGGUGCCUGCUUACGGUCUUCUUCUCCGUCAAGAUCUUCUUCAUGGUGAUGCACCACUACUUCCGCUCUGAGGAGGGGGGCGAGCGCUCCGUCUGCCUCAUCUUUGCCUUCUUCUUCCUCCUCCUCAGAAUUCCCAUCACCAAACUGACCUUCAAGCUGGGGCUGGUGGCCUUUUGUUCGUUCCUCGGUGCCUGUCUGACGUUCCCGGGGCUGCGGCUGGCGCAGACAGCCGGGGUGUCAUUCGGACACUGGGCAGCUCCUCUCCCCUUGCCCAGCAUGUCGGACGCUGCCUACAACUCCACGCGCCUCUGGACCAUCGUCGCCCUCUGCCUGCUGCGCCUGGCCAUGACGCGCCACCACCUGCAGGCCUACCUCGGGCUGGCGGAGCGCUGGGUGGAGCAGAUGAAGAGGGAAGCCGGGCGCAUCGCCAUCCAGGAGAUCCAGCGCAGGGUAGGCGCCGGCGGGGCGGGGAGAAAGCCAGGCAUUGGUUGGGUCUCAGGCUGCUGCCUGAUGGGCAGGUGUCCAGGGCCCAGCGGCUGGGGCUUGCCGGCAGGGCACCUGAUUCUCCGCAUCCUCACCCGUCCUUCUCCCCUCUGCCUUGCAGGCAACUACUCAUGGGGUCUCUUUCCUGAGCCCCAGCCCGCCUCCCCGGCUGCUGGGCCCACCCUGCCUGCUGCUCCCUGGGCGGAGGGGGAGGGAGGAGAGGACGUGCAGGCCACGGUGGCGCAGAUCACAGGCGCCCUGGGGGCCGUCUUCAGCCCGCUUUUCUACCGCGGACUCUUCGCCUUCCUGACCUGGUGGGUGGCUGUCUGCCAAGUGAUCACCAGCCUCUUUGGCCUCUACUUCCACCAGUACCUGGCAGCCUCCUAAUGCCGGCAGCAGCCGGGCCUGGGGGGGUCUCGUGGCCUGCAGGGCUCCCUCAGGGAAAGGACCCUAAGGGUGAGCGGCUCCUGCCUGUUGGCUCUCUGCCUGGUGUGUCCUGCGCCCACCUGGGUGAUGGUGCAGCGUUUCCCCUCCUCCCCCCAUAGCCCGUCCCCUCUCCUGCCGGGGCUGGGGUCUGCCAGCUGCCCCCUGCCUUGUAUGGAGACUGAACCGGCCUCCGGCUGGGACCAGCACGGAGCAGGGGCAGAGGGAUGGGGCCCCACCCAGCUGGAAUGGGGCCAGCAUCUUAUAGGCACUUUCUCCUUCAUGUGCUUCGGCCGUUUCCCCUCCCGUGGAGGGGGGGGGCAUCUCUUGUAAUCGGCUGCUUGUGGGA